AUGGCCAAGUCGACGAACACUUUUGCACACCUUUUACCUCCAUCUUGGACGAAACACGUUCAAUUCUGGCUAGAAGAUGACAUUCCAUCCUUUGACGUUGGUGGCUUUGUAGUUGGCGAAGACCAAGAGACAGCAUUGCUGCUAGGCAAAUCCAACGGUGUCUUAGCUGGUGUUCCUUUCUUUACUGAAGUCUUUCGGUCACUUGGUUGUCACGUUGAGUGGUUGCUCGAAGAGGGUGACGAGAUCCAGCUUAGCAACGUCCCUGGAGGUAAAGUGCCUGUCGCCAAAGUCACGGGCAAAUGCCGUCAGCUGCUGCUGGGUGAACGCACGGCUCUUAAUAUCUUGACACGUGCCAGUGGCGUGGCUACGCAGGCUCGACGCUCUGUAGAGCAGGCACGAGCUCUAGGCUGGAUGGGCCACGUAGCCGGCACUCGCAAGACGACACCGGGCUUUCGACUUGUAGAAAAGUACGCACUGCUGGUUGCUGGUGCUUCAACGCAUCGCCACGACUUGUCGCAGAUGGUCAUGCUGAAGGACAAUCAUGUGUGGGCUGCUGGCAGCAUUACCAAGGCCGUACACAAAGCCAAACUGGCUGCCGGCUUCUCGAUGAAGAUUGAAGUCGAGUGCCGUCGUAUCGAGGAAGCACAAGAGGCCGCUAUAGCUGGAGCAGAUAUUGUCAUGCUGGACAACUUUGAGCCUGAGCAACUCAAGAUCACAGCUGCUCAGCUCAAGAAAGAGUUCGCACACGUGCUGGUUGAAGCCAGCGGAGGUAUCACGCCUGCGACGCUCAGUCAGUACAUCUCACCCGAUGUGGAUAUCGUGAGUCAGGGGAAGCUCACGCAAGGCUACCCGUGCCUGGACUUUUCGCUCAAAAUCCAAAAGUCGGACGGUGUCUUGGAGCAAUAA